CAAAUCUUUAUGUAUCAGGCUGCAAAUCUUGAUUGUGAAACAAAUCUUAAGAUCAGUAAAGCUUUGGAGAAGACAUGAGAUUAUUUAACUCUUGAGAAAGCCUCAGAAAUUAAAGGUUUACAUCUUUUUUUUGAGAUCGAAUAUUUAUGUAUUUUGUUUUCCAAUUAUUCUUAUUUUUAUUUAUUGCAUUGCAGGGAUGCAGUCUACGUAACAAAGAGUACAUUGUUGGAACUGUAAUAUUUACUGGACACGAGACAGAGGUAAUGAUGAAUUCCAUGAAUGUUCAUUCCAAGAGGAGUACACUGGAGAGGAAACUUGACAAAGUAAUAGCUACACAUUUUGGUGUUCUUCUCUCCUUGUGUUUAAUUAGGGCCAUAGGCAGUGCUGUAUUUGUAAACAACAAGUAUCACUACUUAAUGCUUUGGGUUAAUGGUGACUCCCAACAGUUCAAUCCAAGCAACAGAUUUGUGGUUUUUAUUUUAAGUAUCUUUGCCCUUAUUACACUGUAUUUGCCAAAUAUUCCAAUUUCUCUUUAUGUUUCUAUCGAGCCAUAUGUUGAUGAGCCUUGGAAUAUUGGCCUCCAAGUUACAGAUAUGGGAAGCUUAUCUAACAUGACUGUUCAAUCCGAUAAAUAUGGCCUCCGGGUUGCUAUUAAUGCCAUUGGAGAUAAGGCCAAUGACAUGAUCUUGGAUAUGUAUAAAUCAGUUGUGUCAACAUUUGAGUCAUGGAAGUGCAACCAAGUUUGUUUGCUUCUUGCUUCCAAUCUAUGUCAGAUAACAAUGGAGAUUGAUGGAUGUCGGUUAAUAGCCUCUUCUAGAGCGUAUAAAGCACUUGUAGAAUCCGUGCUAAGUAAGGUCAUGGAAGAGCUUGAGAAUCGCAUCACUAGUCAAGUUGAACUGGUAAAGCUUCUUAGCUAUGUUGUUUCCUAA